AUGGGGAACUGGACUACAGCAGUGACUGAGUUUGUUCUGCUGGGGUUUUCCCUGAGCAGGGAGGCGGAGCUGCUGUUUCUGGUGCUCCUGCUGCCCACAUGCCUGCUGACUCUUCUGGGGAACCUGUUCAUCAUCUUCACUGUGCUGUCCUGCUCCCGCCUCCACACCCCCAUGUACUUUUUCUUGUGCAACCUCUCUAUCCUGGAUAUCAUAUUCACCUCAGUCAUCUCUCCAAAAGUGUUGGCCAACUUAGGAUCUGGGGAUGAAACCAUCUCCUUUGCCAGAUGUAUCAUCCAGUGCUAUUUGUACUUUUCCUUGGGCACAGUUGAGUUCCUCCUGCUGGCGGUCAUGUCCUAUGACCGCUAUGCCGCCAUCUGCUCCCCUCUGAGGUACACCACCAUCAUGAGACCUCCUGUCUGCAUUGAGACCGUUGUGUUCUCUUGGGUGGGAGGCUUCCCCUCUGUGCUCUUUCCAACCAUCCUCAUCUCCCAGUUGCCCUUCUGUGGCUCCAACAUCAUUAACCACUUCUUCUGUGACGGUGGACCCUUGCUGGCCCUGGCCUGUGCAGACACCACUGCCAUCGAGCUGAUGGAUUUUAUGCUUUCUUCCAUGGUCAUCCGCUGCUGCAUAGUCCUCGCGACCUAUUCCUCUAGGUACAUUAUCUUGACAAUAGUGCGCAUUCCUUCUGCAAGUGGAAGGAAGAAGGCCUUUAAUACCUGCGCUUCCCACCUGACCAUAGUCAUCAUUUCUAGUGGUAUCACUGUGUGUAUCUUUGUGACUUCCUCCCAGAAAGAAUAUCUGGAGAUCAACAAGAUCCCUUCAGUUCUGAGCAGUGUGAUGACUCCAUUCCUCAAUCCCUUUAUAUAUACUCUGAGGAAUGACGCUGUGCAGGGAGUCCUCAGGGAUUUGUGCGUCAGGGUUUGAGGAGUUUUAGAAAACAGGAUGAGGGCAGUGCUGAGGAGCAGAUUGUCCUCCAACAAAGACCACCAAGGAGGGGCUUGCUCUUCUCCACCAUGUAUGUAUUGUGUAAAGCUCCAGUGUUAG